GCCCCGCGCGCCCCCACCGGCCUCCGGUUCGGGGCGCCCCGCCCUCCGCCUCCGUGUCCGCCCCCAGGACCAGCGGCAGCCAGCUCCCGAGCGCUGCUUCCCGGGCCAGCAGCGCGAUGGGCUGCGGGAACUCCACCGCCACCAGUGCGGGCGCCGGCCGAGGCCCUUCAGGAGCAGCUAAAGAUGUAACAGAAGAAUCGAUAACGGAAGACGACAAGAGGAGAAACUACGGAGGGGUGUAUGUAGGGCUGCCAUCUGAAGCUGUCGACAUGGUAUCCAACCAAACAAAGACUGUACGAAAAAAUUAGAAGAAAAUAUGACUCCAUAACCAAGAGCUUGCUCAUUAAGACUUGGAAGGAAUUGCACUCCAUGGGCCGUCCUGACGUGCACAGAAGUGUCCAAGGAAAUUCUAACUGGUCGCCCUCUCUGCCUCCCCUC